UGUAAAUUCUGUUGAGUGCGCAAAAAGAUGGCAACAGAGCUUCGCAAAACUUCUUCUUCCGCUAAUCCUCUGCUGCUUCGUCUUCAAGAAAUUCUAUCUUCUUGGUCGCAAUCGAUUAAAGACGGAGAAGUAAACUCGGCGUCAGAGCUGGUCAACUUCCUCGAAACAAUCUCAACUUAUGCAUUAUCAAAUCCUGAUGAUCAAGAUGCCCAACACAAUGCAUUUGAAAUUCUCUCUGAAUUUCAUAGCUUUUUGCUUUCUCCUGCUUCAGACCAGGAGGUUAUUGAUGCACUUUCGUUUGAUUUGCCUAAAGCUGUGUCCAAGUUUGCAGGUUUGUCUAGUCAAUGUCUAGAGAGUGUUGAUGGCGUUAUUGAUUGUUUUAUAGUCGCAUGUAAUCCGCGUGACAUGCAUUCCAUUCUUUGUGAGGCAUUGGGUUCGGUCGAUAGGCCACAUAACGCUUCUGGUUAUGUUGCUGUUCUUCUAAGUGGCUUUUCAAAAGUGUUCCUUUCCAUACAGAGGCGCCAUUAUGAGCAAGUAAAAGUAGCAAUUCCUGUUAUUUUAAAUGUGCUGAAGGCUACAACUUCAGAGUUGGAUGAUGACGAUGAUGAAUGUAUAAAAUUGUUUCACAGGGCUUUAGAAAUAGCUGAUUCUGUAAAGGCAGUUUGCGCAAAACUGGAGGGGAUACUAAAUGAAAAGCUCCGUGCUCUACUUGGUUUAUAUGUAUUACAAGUCAUGGCUCUUCUUUCCAUCAAACAAGGAGAUAAGAUUUCGAGCUGUAUGCACCUGGUGCUACAACUUUCCGGUUUCUUCCCAUAUUGUGGUUUAUCAUAUCUUGGUUUAAUAACUGGAUCCGAUGUUGAUGUAAAAGUGAAUAUUGUUGUUGAAGAGGAAGAAGAUGAUUUUGGGAGCUGUUUAUUUUACACCAGACAUGGAGCGUCUCUUUCAGUGAUCUGGGGUGAUAUAUAUGAUGAAGUUGCUCAGGCUGCCAAGGAGAAUAUGUCUGCGGUCAAGGAUGAACUUAAAGUUAACCAAACUUAUAGGUGGCAAGCAUUAGGCAUGUUGAAAUACAUACUUGCCUCUACCAAUAUGCCAUGGGAAUUAAAGAAACACGCCAUCAGUUUCAUGCUUUUCAUUACUACUGGAAGUAGCACACAAAAGGAUGGACUCACGGACUGCUCUAUUUAUUUGCCUAGUCUCUGUGCUACUAUGCAGGCCAUUACAAUGGUUAUCAUGUAUGCUCCAAACACUGAAUUAAGAAAGAACGCCUUUCAGGCUUUAAAGAGGAUAAUUGCUGAAACUCCAACUUCUGAAAGGCUUGAUAUUUUAGAAGUUUUGAUUACAAAAAGUGAUUCUUCCUCUUUGAUUGCAAUUCUUUUAGAUCUUCUUAGAGGUGAGCUGUUCAUGGAAAAUUGCCAUAGAACAUCAUUAAGAAAAGACGAAACUCUGCCGUCUGAAAAUGAAAGGAACUCGGUUGCAUCAAUAUGGACUGGUGGGGUGCUAAAAUUGGUUGAGUUUGUUUUGAAGCCUCCGGUGGGGGGACCUCCACCCUUUCCCGAGCAUGGAGACGCAGUUCUAGCUUCACUCAACCUCUACAGAUAUAUAUUAAUUACAGAAUCAUCAGGAAAUACUAACUAUACUGGAGUGCUGUCAAGGAACAAUUUACAGAAGGCGUACAAUGAAUGGCUUAUGCCUCUUCGGACCCUAGUGACUGGAAUUAUAGCGGAGAACAAGAGUGAGGAUGAUCAAUUUGCAAUUGACACGGUAUGUGCUCUAAACCCAGUUGAGUUAGUUCUGUACCGAUGUAUAGAGCUUGUCGAAGAAAGGCUAAAGCAGUCAACAUAGUACGUUAAAUAGUCUCUAUCCAACUUUAGGGGAGUAGACAUUUAUGUAUAAUUUCCCGCAUAAAAUCCCAAUUUGAGUUGAACAUAGUACGUUGCUGUAAACAUUUUGAAGAACAAAUUGUUGUUUUAUUUGAGUUGAACAUUGUACUUUA